GGCACUGCUCGGCGCUCAAUUAGUUAUCACACUGAUUAUGGUAUCAGUGAUACAAAAGUUGGGAAGUUACUCGUUCGCAAGAUGGUUACUAUGCUCACAAAGGUUAUACAGAUAUUUGUAUCCUACAAACAGUGAGUUAAAGAGUUUGGCAGGAGUUCCAAAAGAAUCUUCGAAGGGUAAGAAAGGAGGUAAACAUGAGUCGAAUGGGAAGCCGGAGACUUUCCAUGUUCCUCGAAGUCUGGAUAUACAGCUGGAGACGGCCCCCGUGACUCCUUUGGAUGUGGUACACUUGAGGUUUUAUACUGAGUAUGUGUGGAUUGUAGAUUUUUCACUGUACACAGCCAUAGUGUAUCUUAUGUCAGAGGUGUAUACAUCAGUAUUCCCACUCAAGGAUGAGUUCAACUUGAGUAUGGUAUGGUGCCUUCUAGUCGUGCUGUUCUCUUUUAAAAUCUUACUAAGCUUGACAAAGCAGUACUUUACGAGUGAUGAGUCCAUCGGUGAGCGUUCCACCUGCAUAGUGGCCUUCUGUGUGUUCCUGCUGGUUGCUAUGAUGGUGCUCAUCGUCAGUGAUGCCAACCUUGAAGUGGGAGUAGACCCUGCUUAUGACAGUUUCUAUGAAAAUGCCUCAAAGUUCCUUGAAAACCAAGGCUUGUCCUCUGUGGGUCCAGCCUCAAAGUUAAUAUUAAAAUUUUUCUUUGCUGUGUGGGCAGCUAUUAUUGGGACUUUAUUCACAUUCCCUGGACUCAGAGUCGCCAGGAUGCAUUGGGACUCACUUAGAUACUAUGGAGAUAAUAAAAUGAAAUCACUACUGCUCAACUUUAAUUUUGCGAUGCCAUUUGUGUUAGUACUGUUGUGGGUGCGUCCCAUUACAAGGCAUUACCUUACGGUCAGAGUGUUCAGUGGGAUGGAGAAACCAUUAAUGACAUCGGACGCGUUUGACACGAUGCGUAUAAUGCUAGUGGCGAGCACAAUCGUUAUCCGGCUAGCGCUGAUGCCGCGUCAGUUGCAAGCUUACCUAGACAUGGCACAACGUCGUCUAGAUGUGCAGAAGAAAGAAGCUGGACGAAUUACUAACAUUGACCUGCAGAAGAAAAUUGCAUCAGUAUUCUACUACCUAUGUGUAGUAGCCCUCCAGUACAUCUGUCCUAUCAUUAUGUGUCUGUACAUGGCUCUGAUGUACAAGACCCUCGGUGGGUACACAUGGACCGGACUCUUCUAUGAAAGCCAAGAAGUCUGUACCAUGGAUGAUAAAACACCAACAGUGACUGACAGUAUAGUAGAAGGAGAUGGUAUUGAACAGUUCCAGCUUGCUUGGGAGAAUUUGAAAAUGGUGUUCACAGUAGACGUGUAUCGAGGCGUGUUCGGCUUCGCGACGUGGUGGUGCUGCUUCGCCUGGUUCCUCACAACGUCUCUUGGCCUCGCCUACCAAACCUAUUUCAGAAUCUCGUGA